CAGGCGAAAGAGGAGAGAGAGAGUAAGAAGGAAAAAAAUGGGGGAGAUUUGAACCAAAAUUAAAAUUUUCCAUAUUGAAAAUCUCUCCAAUCAGAUCGGACCUCUCUCCCCAAUUUUCUUCGCUUAGAGAGAGAAAUAUUCACAUAUAUAAAUAUAUAUAAUUUUGGGUUUCAGAUCCUUUUUGAUUUUGUUAAUUGCAGUUCCUACCAUUUAAAAGUAUUUAUUUUUCCACAUUCGUUUUUUUGAUUUGUAUAUAUAUAUAUAUAUACGGAAUUUGUAUGUAUUUUUGGGCAGCGUUAGAGCUGUGAUCUGGGUGGGUGUAAUUGGGGUUUCUGCGAUGGGAAUUUAAUGAAAGGUGAGGAUUUUGGGGCAAGGAUUUUUGGAUGGCGUCGGCGCAGGUUUUGAGAAAGCAGGAGCAUUUGGAAGCUGGGAGGAAGAAGCUAGAAGAGUUUCGUAGGAAGAAAGCAGAGGAGAAGGCUAAAAAAGCUAUCUCAACAAAUCAACCACCUGCUUCUGAUGUUCCAUAUGAAACGCAACCAUCAGAAACUGUAAAUCCACGUAUAACAGAUUUUAAUGAAGUAGGUACUUCUGACACACUUUCUAAAGAUCGUUUGGGAGCCUCAGAUCUUGCUCCAAAGAUUGCAAACAAGGAACAUGAAACUUCGACGAAAAGCGAUUUCAAUUCUUCUACGGAUACGAAUGCUAAACCUUCUCUUUUGGCAAGAAAGGAUGAUGGCGAUUCAUCUGUUCUUGGGCAUACGUUCUUAAAUAAUGAAGAGUACAGGGAUGAUGCUGCUUCCGUGACUUCAGAUGGACAUAAGUUCCAGAGCAGAAAAGAUGACUAUGGAUCAGCAGCUCAAUUUGAUUCUGAGGCCGGAAAUAAACACUUUCUCUCUCAUGAAAACCGUGCUCCGGGUCACUCUACAUACCAUGGGUUAGAUAAUUAUUCAUCAAAUAACAUUCAUGGCUCUGAGAAGGAUAUUUCACUUGGUAGUUCUGCUACUUUUUCCUCUGAUAUUUUGCCCAAGACUUCUAUUGGUGCACUCCUGUCAGAAAAGUUGGGUAAUAGUAGGCAUAAGGAUACGAGUAACAGCCUUAACAUUCCCUUCAACCCUUAUUAUCCCCUCUGCCCCUUUUCUUCUGUCCUUCUAGAAAUUUCUAAUUAUAUGUUGUUUGGUUCUUCUGUAUACUCUUUGGAUCGUUCCUGUUGGGUGAUAGAGUCUCUGCGUCCUACCUCAAAUAUAUCUGACUCAUUUGGCCUUAAACAAAAAUUCUCUUCGUUUUCUGACUCGGGGGAGAAGAAAUUUGGUGCUGUUGAUCAUAUGGAGAGUAUGAGCAAUUCCUCUCCAUGGAUUUCUGAGAAUAGAUAUGCUGAUUACAGUUCUGAUACCCGAAGCUCAUCAAAUUAUGCACCACCAUCUCCACCUACAUCUGGAAGGAGAUCCCGUCCAUCAUUUCUUGAUUCCAUUCAGGUAUCGAAAGGCCCUUCAUUGUCCCCUCCCCUCUUUGCCGCAGAAAAAGCCGAUACAUCAAGCUCCAAGGUUCACCCAGUGGAUGGUUUGGGAUCAUCAGUUUCUCACAGAUCUGAUAACAUUACAAUUGCAUCUGGUAAUGGGGUUGGUCUAUUCAAUCAUGUAAUGGAGAAUAAACAGGACUUUUUUUCACAGAAGCAGAACGAAGACUUUGCUGCUUUGGAACAGCAUAUUGAAGAUUUAACACAAGAGAAAUUCUCGUUGCAACGUGCUCUUGAAGCUUCACGAGCUUUGUCUGAGUCUUUAGCUUCUGAAAAUUCAGCUUUAACAGAUAGCUUUAAUCAACAGGGAAGUGUUGUCAACCAGCUGAAGUUUGAAUUGGAAAAUUUACAGGAUGAAAUCAAAGCUCAACUGGUUGAACUUGAAGCUGUAAAAAUAGAGUAUGGCAAUGCCCAGCUAGAAUGUAAUGCAGCUGAUGAGCGAGCAAAGCUAUUGGCCUCUGAAGUUAUUGGGCUGGAAGAGAAGGCAUUGCGUUUGAGGUCUAAUGAGCUAAAAUUGGAGAGGCAGUUGGAGAACACUAGAGCUGAAAUUUCUUCUUACAAGAAAAAAAUGUCAAGCAUUGAGAAAGAUCGUCAAGAUCUGCAGUCAACAAUUGAUGCCUUACAAGAAGAGAAGAAGCUGUUGCUGUCCAAAUUGCGGAAAGCUUCUUCAAGUGGAAAAUCCACCGACUUUAACAAGACCACUAAAGACAUUUCUACUUCAACAGACGAUAUUGAUACCGAUACAACCACAGAAACCUCUGCCUUGCUUGAAGAUGAUGCCCCUAGUUCCCAAAUUUCACAUGAAAAUAUAAAUCUCAGUCUCGAGGGUCUACCUAUGGAGAAUAUUCCUUCCGACCAGAUGAGAAUGAUUCAAAACAUUAACACAUUAAUUGCCGAGUUGGCAUUGGAGAAAGAUCAGUUGGUGCAGGACUUGUCAGCAGAAUCGUCACAAAGCUCCAAGCUUUUGGAACUGAACAAGGAAUUGACCCGAAAGCUAGAAGCUCAAACACAGAGAUUGGAGCUUUUGAUGGCUCAAAGUAUGGCAAAUGCUAAUACACAACCAAGACUAGUGGAUCCUCGAACUGUGCCUGAAAACACAGCAUAUGCGGAUGAAGGAGACGAGGUUGUUGAAAGGGUGUUGGGCUGGAUCAUGAAGCUCUUCCCUGGCGGUCCAUCAAGGCGGCGGCCCGGCAAGCAUCUUUGAUUGUACUGUAUACAUUUUCUUAACAAAAAAGAAAAAAAAAAACAAUUCUGCAGAUUUUUUUUCUUUCGUCUUUUUUCGGUGGAUGGAGGCUGCAGUUUGUAUACUAUGAGUGAUCCUACGUCCAUAUUCUUUUUCCCCGAAUAGUAAAAGACUGUUCCUUUCUCAGAGAGGCAGAUCAUUGAAGAUGUGAGAAUAUCGUUCCUCUGCAAAUUUUGCUAUCGACAUUUCCAAUUUUCUUCUUUUUUUUUUUGUUCAGGUUAUUUGAUGUUCUUUUCGACGCAUCAUGUCUUUUAAAUUAGAAAGGAGAAAGAAAUUACUGUAAUUAAAGUGAACUUUGUCUAAAAGGGAGAUGUGCAAUGUUUGACAUGUUAGAAAUUAAGGUAACUUGUGUUAGUGUCAGACUGUCAAGUGAGAUGAUCUCUGUAUUCUCUAUUUUUCUUUUAACUUUUUUUUUUUUUUUUUGGGAUUUUUUGUCUGAUUUUACUUGUAAGCUUGAAGAUGUUGGAAAUCGUACAUGAAGAUGGGAAAAGACCCAACUUUUCCCUUUUAUUUUUCAUGGUGUUA